AUGUCCGAUGACCUAGCAGACUUCCUAACAGCGUGGGACUUAUCCCAAUAUAUUGAUACGUUUCGAACUCAUGAUAUUGACAUGAAGACUCUUCCAUGUUUGACAGAAAAUAUAAUAAAAGAACUGAUUCCUGUAAUAGGCCAUAGAGCAAGAUUUUUGUCAAAUUUAGAGCAGUGGAAAUUAAUUAUUCAAGGAUCAAUGCCUAGCGUAAAUAAUUGUGUAAUUAAUAUGUUUUAUUAA